AUGAUGUGUGGCAACAACACACACACACACGGACCAGAGCAGCCUCACCUGACAGGUUUAUCACAGAGCGGAGCAAAGGGCUCAGUGUCUGAGACAACGAGGUCCAAAUGUGUGAAGAGCUCGUUGGUGCAAGAUGUGUUUGCGUUUGUGACUCUGACUUCUUUUUACUUUCACCCAUCUGAUAAAGAAAUCAACAGAAAAAUAAGGAUUCAUCUGAUCCGUGGAGCUGCCUCCCUGAACCGGGGAACACCUGCCUUCAGUCUGACGUCAGCUGUACACCUGGAAAAGUCGGGUCAGCCUCGGCUGAUCAGUCCAGCUGAGCCAAUCAUCGCUGCCCCGGGUGAUGAUGUCAUCCUGCCAUGCUACCUAGUGCCCCCGUUCGACGUCCAUCGGUUUACCGUGGAGUGGUCGAAGCCCGACCUCAAGCCUGACCCCUCGGAUCGGCUGAGCCGGGUUGAGUACGUGCACCUGUACCGGGACAGGCGAGAGGUCUUAGACAUGAAGCUCCGGUCGUACCUCAGCAGGACGGCGCUGUUCAGAGACGACCUGAAGCACGGAAACAUAUCACUCAUGAUCAGGAACGUAACGUCUGAAGACGAAGGGAGAUACAAGUGUUUCAUCCCAAAGUUAGCGAGUCCAGUGAAGGAGUCCAUCGUUCGCCUGGUUGUUGAUCCAAACUUGGUAAAAACCUGGACCACAGAGACGCCGCCUCAUCCCAGAGAUCUCCAGAUUCCAGAUCCUGAAGACGAGACGGACGGCGAAGAUAUUCAGAGCAGUAGCAGCAGGUGGGUCGUACCUGUGGCUUCCUGCGUCGUGCUGUGUCUGGCUGCUGCCGCCGGAGUCUGUGGAUACUUUUUCAUACAACAGCGUAAAGAAACUGAUGGUGUGAAGUACGACAUCGCCCCAAAAAACCCAAGUCCAGCAUAGACGCCUGCUGAGUCACCAUUAAUAGGAUCGCUCUGCAUCAGAGUUAGACUUUUACUUCCUGUGGACAGGAGAACGCCAAACUGCUUCAUGAGUUACAGUGACUCUUCAUUAGGAAACAUGAAAUGACCUCAGAGCCAAGAUGGACCAGAAAGACAGAAGACGUUCGGUUUAAUGCAGGCUUCAUCGCCGGGCUCUCACCUGUCCACUUCCCCACAGCAGGAUAAAGGUUAUCAUCAGCAUUUUAUGAGAAAUUACCACGAUUAGAAGAAUCUGACUGCACAAGAGGUGGUCACAUGACCCGCACCGCUGGUCCCUGUGGAUAAGAGGACGACACGAAAAGUCUGCAGGCAGACAUUUGUCUCAAAUGUGCUUUAUUUUUUGAAACAUUACAGCUGUCCGUCAUGUAUGUUGUAUGUGUGUAGUUUUGUUGUGAUGCAUUAAAUUAGCUCUCACUACUUAAAUUAUUAAAGAUUUCUAAAGAUAUUUGUACAAACCUUUUGCACUUUACUGUCAGAUGUUUGUCUGAGGUAACGUUACUGUCAGAUGAACAUGAUGAUGACACCAAAUAAAGUUUAUGGUCAAACGCC